AUGAUUUUAAGAGAUUUUGCACAAUUUUUGCUUGCCUUCCCUAAUUUAAAUGUCAAUCAAGAUUCUUUUGGACUAGAACCUUAUUCGAAUGAUAAAUGUCCAAUUGAUAUCCCAUUGACGUGUCGAAAUCAGACCACUAUUGGCGAUACAUGUUGCUUUGAAUACCCUGGAGGAGUUUUUCUGCAAACUCAAUUUUGGAAUUAUAGACCAUCUAAAAAAGAUUUAGAUAGAGAUGGUAUUGAAAAUGAAUUAGGUCCUUUGGAAUCAUUCACUAUCCAUGGAUUAUGGCCUGAUAACUGCGAUGGUGGAUUUGAACAAUUCUGUAGAUCAGAUUUAGCCAUUGAUGAUGUAGAUUAUUUAUUGCGUUCAGAUCAAUUUAACAACAAAACCAAUUUGGAUAUUUCAGGAGAGGAAUUACUAUUUGAAUUGAAUAAGUUGUGGAAGAGUAAUAAUGGGAAUCACGAGUCCCUUUGGAUUCAUGAGUUUAACAAACACGGUACUUGUAUCAAAACUAUUAGACCUGACUGUUAUUCUCGUUGGGGUCAAUUAGAUUCAAGUAAUGAUGAGGACAAGAAACAGGCAGUCUAUGAUUAUUUUAGAAUUGCUUACAAGUUAUUCAAGAAACUGGACACUUUUGAAUUCUUAAAAGAAAGCGGAAUUGUUCCAAGUGUUAAUAAAACAUAUACGAGAGAAGAAAUACAAAAGGCUUUGCAGAAGAAAUUUAAUGGGAACAAUGUUUACAUUGGCUGUGACAAUAGAAAUGCCUUGAAUGAGAUUUGGUAUUUCAACUUAUUAAAGGGAUCAUUAUUAUCGGAAGAAUUCAUUCCUAUACCAUCAUUCAAAAGUUUCGGUAGAUGCAAAGCGGAUGGAAUUAAAUUUUAUCCCAAGGGUCAUAUUCCAACGACAGGUGGGGGAGGAGGAGGUGGAAAUAAUGAUGGUCCCUCUAUGAGAGGUAUUAUAAGAUUAAGUGGUUAUGAGGGUCAUUUGAUAAGGAAUGGACAUUGGACAAUCAAAGGUACAGAGGCUAAUUUUCAAUUGAUGAAAGCACCUUUUGGUAGUUAUUAUUUAAAAUCUCGUAAUGGUUACUGCACUGUCGCCGAUUCUAAUUUAUUAGUUUGCAAUAAAAACAGAAAUACUGCUGGUCAGUUUGAAUAUGAUGAUAAAACUGGUUACUUGAGUUACUCAGAAAAUUUGAAUUGGUCCUCAAAUGAAUAUCCUCGUGGUAACAAACAAAGUUUAGUUUAUCAUGGUGCAAGUGACAACAAAUACCAAUUUAAAUUGAAAUUUAUUAAAAUUUAG